GUGGCCGGGCAGGUCGGCGUGCGGGCGCGCACUGAGCCUGCGCGGUGGCCGCGCCGCAGGUCUUCGGCGCCGGCGGCGUUGCAGCAGCCGUCCCGAGCCCUCUGCGGUGCAGCCCAGCAGCCACAAAGCCCCGUCUGUCAUCUCUCCUAGUCCUACUGCAGCCGCCCCAGCCGCUCUCCAACCCCUCCGCCGGGGUUUGUGCAGCGGCUCGCACACUUCUCGGCCCCUGUACGCGCUCUGCACCUGCCUGCCCGGGAACAUGUUGCAGAAGCCCGAGAGCGGGGGUCUCCCCAUCCCUCAGGCGGAGGGGGAAAUGGACGGUGGCCAUGACGGCGAGACCCAGGCCCUGGCCGCCUCGCGGAAGGUGGCCCCGAGCCCCCUCCUGCAAGAGAGCCCCGAGGAGGACCUUGGCGCUGUAAGGGAGCAGGGGGCUGCGGAGCCCUCCCUCGCCCCGAAAGGUGCGAGGGCUUUGGCAGCCAAAACCUUGACCCGGCGCAGGGCCUGCCGCCGUCUGGAUCGGACGGUGGCCGAGUUGGUGCAGUUUCUGCUGGUGAAGGACAAGAAGAAGAGGCCCAUCACUCGCUCCGAGAUGGUGAAAUACGUUGUCCGAGACUUAAAGGAUCUGUUCCCCGAGAUCAUCGCAAGGGCCGCAGAGCAUCUGCGGUAUGUCUUUGGUUUCGAGCUGAAACAGCUUGACCGCAAGCACCACACUUACAUCCUGAUCAACAGACUAAAACCUCUUGGAGAGGAGGAGGAGGAUCUGGGAGGAGAUGGCCCCAGAUUGGGUCUCUUAAUGAUGAUCUUGGGCCUUAUCUACAUGAAAGGUAAUAGCGCCAGGGAGGCACAGGUCUGGGAGAUGCUGCGUCGGUUGGGGGUGCGUCCCUCAAAGUAUCACUUCCUCUUUGGGUACCCGAAGAGGCUUAUUAUGGAAGAUUUCGUGCAGCUGAGAUACCUCAAUUACAGGCGUGUGCCUCACACCAAUCCACCGGAAUGUGAAUUCUCUUGGGGUCCCCGAAGCAACCUGGAAACCAGCAAGAUGAAAGUUCUGGGGUUCGUGGCCAAGCUCCAUAAGAAAGAACCCCAACACUGGCCAGUGCAGUACCGUGAGGCCCUGGCAGACGAGGCUGACAGGGCCAGAGCUGAGGCCAGUGUGAGGGAUAGGGCCAGUGCUAGGGCCGGCAUCUACUCCUAGUGAGGGCCAGCCGGAGGUGGGGGUGAGUUGAGUAUAAAAGCUACUGUCUGAGUCCUAAGUAGACUAGGUGGGGAGAGGGUCGUUAUUUCUGUCGCAGUUGUAUUCCUGUAACUAGGAUUUAGGUUUUGUAUCUUGCUAAGUUUUGUUACGUUUAAUAUGCUGUUAAAUUGAUGUUUAUAAAUGAAAUUGGUCUACUUUUUCCUGUAGGAUUUUGUUGCAGAUUUUUGCUGGUUUUGUAAAAUGAAUUGAAAAACUUUACAUUUUAUUGUGUGAUCGUGAACAAUUAUGCAGCACUGAAUGCUGUGCUUAAAUGGUUUGAAGGAACUCAGCAGUAUGAUGAUCUGGUACUGGGGAAAAAGCAACUAUACUCCAAUUAAAACAACAAAAAAACAAAAACCACAAAGUCAUUGCUGAUAUUCGGAAUGAAAAAAAAAGUUCUGAAGAUAGAUGGUGAUGAUGGUUGCACAACAGUGUGACUGUACUUCACACCACUGAACUAUACACUUAAAAUGGUUAGGAUGGUAAAUAUUACGUGUAUGUUACCACAAUAAAAAUUUUUUUAAUGGAAAAAAAGAAAGCUGAUUGGUAUCUAGCUUUCCAACAGUUUUUGUCUAUUGUAUAAAGAAAAAAGACUGACAUGUAAUGUAACUCUGCUUAGUUAUUAUAGUAGCGGGGGGGGGGGGGGGGCAAUGCAAUAAAUUAGAUGUAUAACCUGGUAGAUUUAAUAAAUAUUUGUUA